AUGGAUGCGCCGUCGGGCGCCGGGCCCCGCCGGGCUCGCGGCAGCCCCGGCACGGCUGAGCCGACAGCGGCGGGCCGCUCGGCGCGGGCCCCGACCGCGCCCUGGGCGCGCUUCUCCGCCUGGCUGGAGUGCGUGUGCGUGGUCACCUUCGACCUGGAGCUGGGCCAGGCGCUGGAGCUGGUGUACCCAAGCGACUUCCAGCUCACGGACAAGGAGAAGGGCAGCAUCUGCUACCUGUCCUUUCCCGACUCGCACUCAGGCUGCCUGGGGGACACGCAGUUCAGCUUCCGUAUGCGUCAGUGUGGAGGCCAGAGGAGCCCCUGGCACAGUGAGGACCCGUGCUACAACAGCGGGGCCCCCGUGGUGCUGCAGAGGGAUCCAGCCCACUACUUCGGCUACGUCUACUUCAGGCAGGUGAAGGACAGCUCCGUGAAGAGGGGCUACUUCCAGAAGUCUUUGGUGCUGGUGUCCCGCCUGCCCUUUGUCCGGCUGUUCCAGUCCCUGCUCAGCCUGAUCGCCCCUGAGUACUUCGACAAGCUGGCCCCUUGCCUGGAAGCAGUGUGCAACGAAAUUGACCAGUGGCCAGCCCCUGUGCCUGGGCAGACCCUGAACCUGCCUGUCAUGGGCGUUGUUAUCCAGGCACACAUCCCCUCCAGGGUGGACAAGCCUGAACCCAGCCCUCUGAAGCAGUGUGACCAGGAGAACCUCCUGCCAGCCCCAGUGGUCCUCGCCAGUGUCCAUGAGCUGGACCUGUUCAGGUGCUUCCGGCCUGUGCUGGCCCACGUGCAGAUGCUGUGGGAACUCAUGCUCCUCGGGGAGCCCCUGCUGGUCUUGGCACCCUCGCCCGACGUGUCCUCAGAGCUGGUGCUGGCCCUCACCAGCUGCCUGCAGCCCCUCAAGUUCUGCUGCGACUUCCGCCCCUACUUCACCAUCCACGACAGCGAGUUCAAGGAGUUCACCACCCGCACACAGGCCCCACCCAACGUGGUUCUGGGAGUCACAAACCCUUUCUUUAUCAAAACACUCCAGCAUUGGCCCCAUGUCCUCCGGGUCGGGGAGCCCAAGAUGUCAGGGGACCUUCCUAAGCAGGUCAAGCUGAAAAAGCCCUCGCGGCUGAAGACCCUUGACACCAAACCAGGCCUCUACACCUCCUACACGGCCCACCUGCACCGGGAUAAGGCUCUGCUCAAGCGGCUGCUGAAGGGUGUGCAGAAGAAGCGGCCGGGGGACCUGCAGAGCGCCCUGCUGCGGCGGCACCUCCUGGAGCUCACUCAGAGCUUCAUCUUCCCCCUGGAGCACUACAUGACCAGCCUCAUGCCCCUGCAGAAGAACAUCACUCCCUGGAAGACCCCACCCCAGAUCCGCCCUUUCCGCCAGGAGGACUUCCUGCGGAGCCUGGAGCACUCAGGGCCCCAGCUCACCUGCAUCCUGAAGGGUGACUGGCUGGGCCUGUACAGACGGUUCUUCAAGUCCCCUCAUUUCGAUGGCUGGUACCGGCAGCGGCACAGGGAGAUGGCCCACAAGUUGGAGGCGCUGCACCUUGAGGCCCUCUGUGAGGCGGACAUCGAGACCUGGAUGAAGGACAAGUCGGAGGUGGAGGUCGUGGACCUGGUCCUGAAACUUCGGGAGAAGCUGGUGCGCGCACAGGGCCACCAGCUCCCCGUGAAGGCGGUAACACUGCAGCGGGUGCAGCUCUACAUCGAGAUGGCUAUUGGCUCCCUGCCCAAGGACCUGCAGGCCGUACUGUGCCCUCCCUAGGACAGAGCUCGGGCUCCAGGCCCAGGUCCCCUCCCUUCACGCACUGUCCUGGCAGUAAAGGUGUAUUUGG